UAAUUUGAAUUCUAACUCACGGUCAUGAUCGUGAUCUAAAUUAAACGCCUUUCUUGCGUUCUGAAUGUUGUGAUGAGUUGCUUACUUCAUGCGAGUAACAACGUGAUAUUUUAAUUAAAAUAGAAAUAAAAGAAAAAUGUGAGGGACAUUGUCAGUGGCAAUGAAGAAAGAUGUAUUAUUAAAGUUUUUAAAAUAAUUUAGUCUUCCAAAUAAUUUAUAAAUGUAUUACUCUAAUUAUUUAUUACAUAAUUUUACUAAUAUAACUAUAUGCUGUGAUUAAUCAUUUAUUGUAUCUAUUGCAGACAUGUCAGAACAUGUUGAACUGCAUCAUUUACUUGAUGGUGAUAUUGAAAGUAACACAACAACACAACAAAAACGAUUUUCAAUUCUAAUGUGUAAAUCAUGCCCUUAUCUUGGUUUAAUAUUGGCAACAUUAUCAUCAUUAUUUUUUUCAUUAUGCAGUGUCAUUGUGAAGGGCUUAGUGGAAGUAAAUCCAAUGGAAUUGGCAGCAUUUCGGUUCGUGGGUGUAUUAUUACCAGCAAUACCAAUUGUAAUAUAUAAGGGUGAACAUCCAUUUCCAAAGGGACGUAGAUUAAUGCUAAUACUAAGAAGUUUUGUGGGGACCACUGGCCUCAUGUUAAGUUUCUAUGCAUUUCGGCAUAUGCCAUUAGCUGAUGCAUCUGUUGUAGUAUUUUCUGUUCCUGUAUUUGUAGCCAUAUUUGCCAGAAUAUUCCUAAAAGAGCCUUGUGGAUUAUUUAAUGUUAUAACAGUCUGUUUAACACUGAUUGGUGUAAUCUUAAUAACACGUCCACCACUAAUUUUUGGACAUACCAUCGAGUCACUUUCAGAUGGCCAUAUAAAAACACAACAUGCAGAUUUAUGGGGAGCUGUAGCAGCUUUUUCAGCAACUCUCUUUGGUGCAAAUGCAUAUGUUUUGCUACGAGCUUUAAAAGGCCUCCAUUUCUCAGUAAUUAUGACAAAUUUUGGAUCAUUUGCCUUGAUUCAGACAAUAGUUAUAUCUUGGGCUAUAGGUGCAUUGUGCUUACCUCGGUGUGGGACUGACAGACUUUUAGUUGUUGCACUUGCUCUCUUCAGUUUUGGGGGUCAAAUACUGUUAACAUUAGCUUUACAAAUGGAACAAGCAGGACCAGUUGCAAUAGCAAGAUCAGCAGACAUAGUUUUUGCCUUUUUCUGGCAAGUUUUAUUUUUCAAUGAAAUACCAAAUCCUUAUUCAGUAGGAGGAGCAAUUGUAGUUACAAGUUCAGUUUUAUUAACAGGACUAAGAAAAUGGGCGCUUUCAUUGCCAGAAACAUCUAAUGUUAAAAAAUCCUUAGGUAUUUUGGUGAUGUGAAUUAUGAACUAUAAAUGAAAGAAAUAUGAUUUCUUAUUGCAUUUUUUGUUUUCGUAAUAUUAAUUUUAAUAGAAAGAGAUUGUUUAUAAGUAGAAAUAAUUUUGGCUUGCAUGAAUGAAUUUUUAAAAAUAAAGUGAGAUUUAUAUAUAAUAUGUAUAUAAACUUUUUAAAUUUUACAAAAUUAAAUUGCUUCAAAUUUAAAAGGAUAUCCUAUAUUAUAGCUAUAUUACUAUGUUUCACAGUGAGAUCGUACUGUAUUAUUAAUAUUGUUUUGUUACAAAAUGUUAUAUUUUCCUAAUAAAUUAAUGAUUGUCAUUACAAA